AUGGCGUUUAAUGUUAUAUUCACGUUUUCCCUAUCGCCCAAAGGCAAGGCGGCUUCCAACGGCUUUGCAUUUGUGGUCUCGGCAAGCAACACAGUAGGGAGCAGUGUUGGAGUGGGGUAUGGUGGGAUGGAUGACCGAAGCAUGGCUAUUGAGUUUGACGUGCUUCAAAACAAGCCACAUGGGGACAUGAAAGAGGAGCACAUGGGGCUGAACAUUCAGGGCCAGGACAAGUCUAUCGCUGCUGUGAAAUCCCCAUUCAAGCUGACCAACAAGCAGGCAUACACGGCAUGGGUGGACUAUACACCUGGAGACCCCGGCACCAUCCAAGUGUUCCUGGCAAACACAGCAGAGAAGCCGGGGAAGCCGCUGCUGAAGAAGAGGUUGUCGCUGUGUGAGGUGCUAAAGCCAGGACCACCGCAGCCACUACCAGCGCUGCCACGCACGAUUUAUUUUGGCUUCGUGGUGUCCACCACAGUGAAGCCGUUCACGAUGCAAGCCAUCCUCAGCUCUGAGCUGCAUACUGGUAGGUGGAAAGCUGGUGGUUUCCCUGGUGGUUCUAGGAGAUCCGUUUUUCCCCUGGUCUCAUUUCUUUCUUGCAGCUACUCCUCCUGCAUGGAGGACGAUGCGUGCUGGGCAUUCGCCGUGGUGUCGAGCAUAGAAGCAGCAUACGGUAUCGCAACGAAUCAAGAGGUGCCGCGGAUGUCUGUGGACUCACUCUUUGCAUCCAUGGGCCUCACCACCCAGGCAGCCAAGUGCACUGCUAGUGGCUCCCCGACAGAGGCCUUUGAGAAGCUGCUGGCUCUACCCAAAGGGGGCAUCACCAUGGAAGGCAAUCUGGUAUGUUAUGAGCAAUGA